AUGAACCUCUCGUCGAUUCUACUGGAGAACACUCCACCACCACUGGUGCUGCUGCUGUUGGCGCUGGCGCCAGCCCAUGAGCAGACGGGCCUGCCAUCGAUGAAUGUCACGAUCCAUACACGGAACGGGUCGCUGAAGAAUGGGCGUCACGAUAUUGGAUACGCUUCCACUGCUACAGAUAAGGACUAUUUGGCCCGGUUUGAGGCCAACAUCAACGCUCUCAAUACGCUAGACGAGGCGUUGGUGUACUCACUGAAGGAGCAAACAGUGGCGCAAGAACGUCGAAACCUCCAGACGAUAAUGAAACGGACGGGUGAUUCUGCCAAUAACUACGCUAAUAGGCUUACUACUGAGGCUCUACUUGCUGAUAAAGAUACGCCCGAGGUGCCUGCUUCGCUGUGGGGGUCUACCCGGUUUACUGCGCCUAAAGAGGCCCAGGAGGCAAGAAGAGCUGCUCUACAAGAGAGUGCAGCCAAGUUUCUGUCUGUGGUCACUCCAGAGCCUGAAUUGAAGGAGGCGGUGAAACCCAAGAUCGUCAAGAAACGUCUGGGUGAAGAUCAAACGCCUGAAAAACGCAGAAAGGUGGAUGAUUCCGCUGAUAAAGGAAUCCGUGCUAGGGACGCCAAGGAGAAUGGACGUCUUAGAAUCAAGCAAUCGCUCAAGGAUGACCCUGACGGGAAGGCCCAGUCCAACGGACCCGAGGAUGACAGCAGGCUGCUGCCCCAGAAGUCCAAGGAACUCAAAUCCGUCACGAAGCAAUACGACAAUACCUUUGUUGCCAUCUGGAAAGACUUAUCACGUAAAGAUGGUCCCAAGGUGCUGCGUUUGAUGCAACAGUCCAACCAAGCAAAACUCAUCAACCUCAAGAAGACUGCCAUCUUGGCGGCUCGUGAGGCUAAGCGCUGGCAGCUCAAGAACAACAAGAACCAAAAGGAUUUGACAUCCAAGGCUAGACGUGCCAUGCGUGAAAUGUUCAACUUCUGGAAGCGUAACGAUCGUUUGGAGCGUGAUCGCCGGAAGAAGGAAGAAAAGGAGUUGGUCGAUAAGGCUAAGCGUGAGGAAGAAGAAAGAGAAGCAAAGAGACAGUCCCGUAAGUUGGAUUUCUUGAUCACACAGACAGAGUUAUACUCCCAUUUCAUUGGUAAGAAGAUCAAGACCGACGAAAUCGAAGGCACUGAUGCUGACCCUAGCUUGCAUAAAGAUGAAAACAAGAGAGACUGGGACAAGUAUCACGGUGUUAAAGGUGAAGUAUCCGACUUCCACCUGCUUGACUUUGACCAGGAUGACGAAGAUGCCUUGCACAGAGCUGCCGCUGCUAAUGCCCAGAGCGCUUUGGAUGUUGCCAAAUCUCGUGCCCAGGCCUUCGAUGACGAUGAAUUCCGUAACCCAGAUACAAAUGGUGAGGAGAUGAACUUCCAGAAUCCUACAUUGAUUGGUGAUAUGAGUAUCACCCAGCCAGACAUGUUGAAGUGUACCUUGAAGGAGUACCAGGUGAAGGGUCUUAAUUGGUUGGCAAACUUGUACGAGCAAGGUAUCAAUGGUAUUCUUGCCGAUGAGAUGGGUCUCGGUAAGACCGUACAGAGUAUUUCUGUUCUCGCAUAUCUCGCAGAAACUCACAACAUUUGGGGUCCUUACCUUGUGGUGACUCCAGCAUCCACUUUGCAUAACUGGCAACAGGAAAUCACGAAAUUCGUUCCAGGCUUUAAGGUCUUGCCCUACUGGGGUAGUGCCAAGGAUCGUAAGGUCUUGAGAAAGUUCUGGGAUAGAAAAAGUUUACGUUACGACAAAGACUCUCCUUUCCAUGUUCUCGUCACGUCUUACCAGUUGGUUGUGGCUGAUGCUCCAUAUUUCCAGAAGAUGAAGUGGCAGUACAUGAUUUUGGAUGAAGCCCAAGCUAUCAAGUCUUCUUCAUCAUCUAGAUGGAAGUCGUUGUUGAGUUUCUCCUGUCGUAACCGUUUGCUUUUAACGGGUACACCAAUUCAGAAUUCCAUGCAAGAGCUUUGGGCCUUAUUGCAUUUCAUCAUGCCUUCGUUGUUUGACUCCCAUGACGAGUUUAGUGACUGGUUUUCUAAGGAUAUCGAAAGUCAUGCGCAGUCAAAUACCCAGCUUAAUGAGCAACAGCUUAAACGUUUGCAUGUUAUCCUUAAACCAUUCAUGUUGAGACGUGUCAAGAAGAACGUCCAGAGUGAAUUGGGUGACAAGGUCGAAAUUGAUCUCUUCUGUGAUUUAACCAACAGACAACAGAAGUACUACCAAAUGUUGAAGUCACAGAUAUCUGUCAUGGAUUUGCUUGAUGCAUCUAAUAGCAACGACGAAAGCACGCAGUCGUUGAUGAACUUGGUGAUGCAGUUCAGGAAAGUCUGUAAUCACCCUGAUCUUUUUGAGAGGGCCGACGUGAAGUCCAGUUUUUGCUUGGGCUCUUUCGCAGAGACUUCUUCAUUUUUACGUGAGACUGACUUGGAGCUUUCUUAUACGUCACGUAACUUGAUUGGUUAUGAUCUUCCAAAACUCGUGUUUCAGGAACUACUUUCACCUACAGAGAACAAUGAUGUUGGUUCAAAACAGAAAAUCUAUGAGAUGUUCAACAUUUACAAUCCAAACAAUGUGAAGGAUGAUGAUUUGGAUACAUUUGGCUUCUUGAAGUUUACAGAUACUUCUCCACAAGAGUUGUAUCAGUCUUCCAAAGAAAACGUCCUUGAGAGAGCUAUUGCCAGGAAGAAUUACAACACUCAAAACUAUGAGAAGGUCAACAGAUUUGCAUAUGCAUAUGAUGAAGAUGGAAGUUACAUUCCAGAAAACAAGAAGUUGCUUAUUAGAGAGCAGAAAGACAAGCUUUGUGACAUCAGCAAUUCUGUUCAUCUCAAGGACCUCUAUUCUGUCAGAAACAAGGUUUAUGAGGACAUGUACGUCAACGUUCUCCAACCUGCUGCUGAUCCCAUUGCUGCUGCUGUCCCAAUUGAGUUGAAUUGCAGCAACAUGAAUUUCAGCAACAGAAAGGCCGACGUCUUGUUCAAUAAAGCUAUUCGGUCUAGUCUUGUUCCGUUGACUCUUAAUGAGGAACUUGAUUUGAUGAAGAAGAAGGUGCCUGUUCCUGAGUACCCUAAGUCUAACAUGUUGCCUGAGCCAGUGAACAAACUCAUUGAUUACUCUAAUAUCCGCAUGCCAUCGAUGAACAGGUUUAUUACGGAAUCAGGUAAGUUGUCUUUGCUUGAUAAGUUGCUCGAUAACCUCAAGAACAACGAUCACAGAGUAUUGAUCUAUUUCCAGAUGACUAAAAUGAUGGACCUCAUGGAGGAAUAUUUGACCUUUAGACAGCAUAACUACAUCAGAUUAGAUGGAUCAUCGAAAUUGGAAGACAGAAGAGACUUGGUGCACGAUUGGCAAACCAAACCUGAGAUUUUCGUGUUUUUGCUUUCAACUAGAGCAGGUGGUUUAGGUAUCAACUUGACUGCUGCCGACACUGUUGUUUUCUAUGAUUCUGAUUGGAACCCAACUAUCGAUUCUCAGGCUAUGGACAGAGCCCACAGACUUGGUCAAACGAAGCAGGUGACGGUUUAUAGACUUUUGACCAAGAACACUAUCGAGGAGAGAAUGAGAGACCGUGCCAAGCAGAAGGAACAGGUCCAACAGGUCGUCAUGGAAGGAAAGGCUUCCUUUGGCAAGAAGAAGGAGGAUGCUGCCAAUAAGAAGAAGGAUGUCGCUUUCCUUCUCUUGGGUGGUGAUGAUAAUGCAGAUGAGCCUCCAUCGAACACAUCUACUACUGGAGGAACUACCUCGAAUACUGGUGAUUCAACUCCUUCAGUGGAACCCAUGAGUAAAACUCUCGAGGCAAUGUAUCACGAGGGAGAAGGACAAUUCUCUGGGACGAUCACACCACUGUCGUGA